UUUCACCGUAUCCCCCUCAAAAGCCCCAAACUUUCCCCUUCCCAAGUGAUCCCCUUUCUUGUUUCUAAUAAACGUUACACCUACGGGUAUAUCAACAAGCAAAUAACGCUUCAUUUUUGAUAUCAACAUCAAGCAUCAAGCAUCAAGCAUCAAACAUCAAACAUCAAACAUUGACUUUGUCUUUCUUCCUCUCCCUUUUUAACCUAACACGAUACCCCUCCUCCCUCUAUUUUUGGAUUUUGCCAGCGAAGACAUAUCUAUCUCUCUUUCUCUCAACCAUAACUGUUCUCCCCGUUUAAUCCACAACUCUAUUCAUCUGAUUCUACAUCGAUGAAGAAGACUUCGUCUAAUUCGCCGUCAUUUAUAGAUCGUGUGAGCUUUUGGGAUAAAUCCAAGGCGCAUGGCAACUCUACGAGUUCAACAGAUUCGAGUGCACCAACUCUCCCCUUGAGUAACCCUCCUACUCAUACGCAGUAUAGCAACACUGCUACAUCAGUUUUAAACGAUGCAACCAAUAUUCCAAGAAAUAACUCACCUCACAAUGGCCUCAACAAUCAACGUUCAAAUCCCACUUCAAAUAGUGUGGCAGAUAAUACAUCCAACCUUCAUCCGCCACCAGCUCCACCACCGCAGGUUGAUGGAGAGAGGAAUAUCAUAGAACCUACAGAAAAUGAGAAACCCAAGAAGAAGAAUGUUGCCGCUCGAUUUUGGUUUACCGGUAAACAUAUUAUACUCUCAAGUUAUAUCAAUAUCUUGUUGGUAUUUGUACCGGUCGGUAUCGUGGCCUAUGCAGUUGACCUUAGCCCAGGUAUCAUCUUUGCCAUGAACGCAAUUGCCAUUAUACCUUUGGCAGGCUUACUCAGUCAUGCGACGGAAAGUGUGGCGAAGAGAAUGGGUGAUACUAUUGGUGCUUUGAUGAAUGUUACUUUUGGUAAUGCUGUUGAGCUUAUCAUUUUGUGAGUUCUGUCGUUUAUAUACACUUGGAUGUGGAAUUACACUAACAUUUAAUAGUAUGUAUGUCUACCUCAUAAGAGAUCAAGACAAGAAAGUGCGAGAAGCCCUCUUAAAGGCAUUAUCAUAUCAAUCGCGUCCCAUAUCAUUAUACCCUUUCCAAUUUUCUUUGUCUUUUCAUCAUGCAAGUCCCGUGUGAAUUCCUUUCCAAAAUACAUGCUCACCUGUUCAUCUUUAACCCUGUAGCAUUGCACUGCAAAAGGUUAGUAAAUCUUUCCCAUGAGUUUAAAGCCACUCUAACAUUUGCCAGAAUGAAAUCCGUAUCGUUCAAGCUUCCCUGCUCGGCUCAAUUCUUGCAAAUCUACUCUUGAUUUUAGGAAUGUGUUUCUUGGUUGGUGGACUGCGCUUCCGUGAACAGGUAAGUUACUAUUUAGAAGAUGAUUUCUGAGUCCGUGCUGACAAUUCUAGAUCUAUAAUAGUACUGUCACACAAAUGAGUGCUUGUCUUCUAAGUUUGAGCGUCAUGAGUUUAUUACUUCCGGUAUGUGUAACCCUUCACUUGAAUGAAUUCAUAAUUAAUGAAUAUAGACUGCUUUCCAUGCAUCUUUCAAUACUACGACUGCUGAAAAUAAGGCCAACACCAGAGUCUUGCAAGUUAGUCGGGGUACCAGUGUUGUAAGUUUCCACUCUUAAGUCCUAAGAAACAAUACAUUGACUUUUAUCAGGUCCUCCUUUUGGUUUACGCCAUGUACCUUUUGUUUCAGUUAAAGUCACAUGCAUACAUGUAUGAGAGUACUCCUCAACAUAUUAUUGAUGAAGAAUCAGCUCCUGGUCCUGUUGCAGCUUGGAUGGACUCAUCAUCUGAUGAUUCAUCCUCUUCAAGCUCUGAUUCUGAUAGCUCCAGUGGUUCUAACACUACUGCCAAACGUGUCAAGAGACUUAUCAGAGGUGGUCGACGUCGUAAGUCAAGCUCAGCAUCCAAAGAUACUGUAGACGUUGAGGCUCUGCGAACGCCCUCUUUCGGUAAUGGUAGCAUCAAUCACGCAGUUGAAGGUCGUGGAUCCACUGGUGAUGAUCAUCGUACAGGUGCUAUUGAUCUCGCUGAAGACGGUGAUGAUGAGCGUCCUAGAAGAAGUCGCAAUGGUUCAUUCACAAACUAUGUCAUGACCAGAAAGGAACAUAAGAAAGAACGCAAACUACAGAAAAGGGAAAAGAAGGCUCGUAAGAAGGCUAUCAGGCAUCAGCAAACCAUCAAUGAAGGUGUUGUACCUGAUGUCGUAAAUGAGAAAACUGCAGGAACGGAACAAAAUGAUUCUGAUCCACGACGUGUUGAUUUUGCCAUCAUGGAAAAUUCUGAAGCCCAGCAAGAUAGUAAACGGCCAUUCACCCUUCGCGGAAUUACUUCUAACAUUCGACCUCAAAUUCCAAAAACUUUCUCCCAAAAUGUCUUUACUAAUCCAGCACCUACCGGUACUCCACCACCUGGAAAUAUUCCUCGCGUUCGUAUGGGUAUUCGUCGCACAAAUUCUUUGCCUGAUCGUCUCAAUCAGACAAUGUCACACCCGGCUGGAGCCCCGGCAAAUUUAGCGCCUAUUCGAAUCAAUAGCACCGCUGUUGCAGUUAAUAAGGUUCCUAUGGACAAUGAGGAUGAGAAUAUCUCUCGUACUACAGCCAUCGUUUUACUUCUUCUCUCUACUGGUCUUGUCGCAAUCUGUGCCGAAUUCAUGGUUGACAGUAUCAAUGCUGUUGUUGCUAGUAAUUCUGGUUUGAGUGAGGCUUUUAUUGGUCUUAUCAUCUUACCUAUUGUCGGUAAUGCUGCCGAGCACGUUACUGCUGUUACGGUCGCUAGUAAGAAUAAAAUGGAUUUGGCAAUUGGUGUUGCUGUUGGUUCUUCUAUUCAAAUUGGUAUGCUUCCAUCUUAAUUUCAAUGUAACCUUAGCUAACCCAUCACGAUAGCUCUAUUCGUUACUCCCUUCAUUGUCUUACUCGGCUGGUGUAUGUCCAAAGAAAUGACAUUAUACUUCACCCUCUUCGAAACUGUCUGUCUCUUCGUCUCGGCUUUCAUUGUCAAUUUCUUGGUUCUGGAUGGAAGAUCCAAUUAUCUCGAAGGUGCACUUCUUUGCGCAGCAUAUGUGAUUAUUGCGGUAGCAGCUUUCUUUUAUCCAAGUACAGAGGAUCAAAGUAAUUUGGGUGGAAACGCUGAUGCGGCUAAGAUGAUGGUUAGAAGUCUGAUGGGAAUUUGAAUAAUGUAACGAGAGAGGAGGAUAAUGAUUGAAUGGUGGGAUGAAAUAUUUUGAGUGGAUUUUUAUGGUGACAUACUACCGGUAUUAUGACCUAUUGGUAAUGGUUGGAUGAAUGGUAGUUUUACUUCUUGAGCUUGGGAUGAAAUUUUCUUCUUUUGCAGGUAGUGGUGAGAAAGAUGAAUGGGGUGGAGGGAUCAAUUUAUGGAUGAAGUUUUUCGCUUUAGGGUAUGGCUUCCUUGAUGUUGCUGAUUUUUUGUCUUCUCUAAAAUUUGGCUUUGAUGGAUGGAUGGAUAGUCCAGCUAAGUAAGAUGUUGAGGACAAUGGACUCGAGAUUUAUUCUUUUGAUUUGGAUUUGUAUAUGAUAAAUAGUGGAUGAAUCAUCACACACAGUAUUUAUAUGUGUAUUCCUCUACCUUUCCCUUUGAAUUGGCUAUAUAUCAAUUAAUCAAU